AUGACACAGGUUACAGACAUGCACCCCUCCCUUCCCAAUGGCACCAACGGCCACAUGGGCCAUGACAGCCACAAUGGUUCCUAUCCCAGUAACAACUCGAACCAUACAAACGGUACAUACGGACAUGGCCUCUUGGACGCCGGCGCAACAAAGAGCAACGGUCAUGGCCCUAGGGCGGACCCAAAUGUCCAGACACCCGUGGCCAUUGUAAGCAUGGCAUGCCGUCUACCGGAUCAAUGUCACAACCCGCAGCAGUUCUGGCAGUUCCUGCUGGAUGGCAAGAUCGCCAUCAACACACCCCCGGGCACCAGGUAUGAGCUCGCAACACACUACGACGGGUCUCUAAAAUCACAGACUAUGGCUUCACCUGGCGGCAUGUUCCUUCAAGGCGUCGACCCAGCCGACAUUGACGCCAAGUUUUUCCGCCUCUCGGGGGUCGAGGCCACUUCCAUGGAUCCGCAGCAGCGGCAGCUCCUGGAAGUCGUCUACGAGGGUCUGGAGAACGCCGGUGUGACGAUGGAGCAGCUCGAUGGCGCCCGGGUUGGCUGCUUCGUGAGCUCCUUUGCCAGCGACUACGGCGACAUGCAAGCUCGCGAUCCUGAGAAUCGCGCGUCGGCCACGGUCGUGGGCGUGGGCAGAACCAUGCUCAGCAACCGCAUCAGCCAUUCUUUCAACCUGAAAGGCCCCAGCAUGACCAUUGACACAGCUUGCUCGGGCACCCUAAUCGGCCUCGACCUGGCCAUGAAAUAUCUCCACACUGGAGAGAUAGAGUCGGCCGUGGUCGCCGGAGCCAAUCUUUAUUGCAGCCCAGAGCACGUCAUGGAUCACUACAUGGGCGCCAAUGGUGCCGCCUCGCUGACGGGCAAAUGCCACACAUUCGACUCCAAGGCCGACGGCUACAUCAAGGCCGAGGCCGUCAACAUGAUCUACGUCAAGCGUCUCGACGAUGCCAUCCGGGACAAGGACCCGAUCCGGGCUGUUGUCCGCGGCACCGCCACCAACAGCGACGGCUGGACGGCCGGCAUCGCGAGCCCGAACCCCGUGGCACAGUCGGCUGCCAUUCGCCAGGCAUAUAAGAACGCCGGCAUCCGCGACCUGUCCAAAACUAGCUACGUCGAGUUCCACGGCACGGGGACACGGGCCGGCGACUCCAUCGAAGCCAGCGGCAUCGCCGACGUCUUCGCCGAGUUCCAGUCUCCGGACCGGCCCUUGCGGAUCGGGUCCGUCAAGAGCAACAUUGGCCACUCGGAACCUGCUGCCGGCCUGUCGGGGCUCAUCAAGACGGUCCUGAGCCUGGAGCACGACGUGAUUCCCGGCAACCCUACCUUCAUCGACCCAAGCCCCAAGAUUGACUUUGAGAAGCUCCGUAUCUGGACCUCUCGGACGGCCACCCCUUGGCCCGCGCUGCCCCUGCGGCGGGCGAGCAUCAACUCCUUUGGCUAUGGAGGCUCCAAUGCCCACGCCAUCGUCGACGAGGCCAAGGGCUUCCCGCGCCACCACGUCUCGUCGUAUGACGACCAGAGCCGUCUUAGUCUCGUUGAGGAGGAGCAGGCCGACCAGAGGCAGCGCAUCAUGGUGCUCUCGGCAAACAGCGAGAAGUCGUUGCAGGACCAGUUCUCGGCGCUGGACAAGCACCUCUCGAAUCCUGGCGUCGUGGUCAAGCAGCGUGAUCUUGCGUAUACCCUCAGCGAGCGCAGGUCUCGCCAUUACUACCGUGGCUUCGUCCUUGCGUCCGACCACUAUCUCGACGCAGAGGCCUUUGAAACAGACCGUAUGCGCGACGAGCCACUCUCCAUUGCCUUCAUCUUCACCGGCCAAGGCGCCCAGUGGCCCGAGAUGGGUCGAGAGCUGCUGGCCAGUUUCCCCGUCGCCGCCAAAACGGUCCAGCACCUCGACGACGUCUUGCAGAGUUCAUAUGGCGCCCCGGCCUGGACUCUCUAUGAUGAGCUCACCAGCCCUCGCUCCGCAGACCACAUGAGGCUGCCUGAGAUGUCCCAGCCUCUCGUCACAGCCCUACAGCUGGCCAUUCUCUCCAUCUUUGACGCGGCCGGUGUGUCCUGUCGCGCCGUCGCAGGUCACUCCUCGGGCGAGAUUGCCGCGGCCGUCGCCGCCGGCCUGUUGACCCCCGAGCAGGCCAUAAAGAUUGCCUUUUACCGUGGAAAGGCCACGUCCGCUGUCAAGCACGGCUCGCCUCUCGGCAUGAUGGCAGUAGGCAUGGGACCUGACGCCGCCCUCAAGUACUUGGACGGCUCCUCGGUCCAGAUUGCUUGCUUCAACAGCCCCCAGAGCAUCACCGUAUCGGGCCUCAGGUCGGAGCUGGAGCCCAUGGAGCAAAGAAUCAAAGACGACGGACACUUUGCUCGCCUUCUACAAGUGGACUCUGCCUAUCACUCGCGCUAUAUGAAUGCCGCCGCCGGUGCGUACAGGGAGCUACUGGACAAGCACGUCGAGUGGGAGACUCGGCCGGCGCCAAAGGGCAAGAUUAUGUUUUCGUCCACCACCAACAAGAUGCUCGCCGAGUCGCCCGGCGCCGACUAUUGGGUCAAGAACAUGCUCUCGCCCGUCCUCUUCAGCCAAGCCGUCACGAGCAUGGUCCGGGCAGAGAGCAGCGACAUCAACUACCUCGUCGAGAUUGGGCCCAACAAUGCGCUCUCGGGCCCCGUCAACCAGAUACAAAAGGCAGCGGCAACGUCUCUCGACUACUCGUCGGCGUGGAAGCGAGGGGCCGGGGCCAUGCAGACGCUGCUCGAAUGUGCCGGCAAGCUCUUCAACGCCGGCUCGGCCAUGAGCUUGUCGCCCUUCAACGACGAUGGCCUGCCGGUGCCUCCCACGUUUGUGCUGGACCUGCCCAACUACCAGUGGGAUCACUCGACAAAGUACUGGCACGAGAGCGAGUCCAGCUCCGACUGGCGGUUCCGCAAGUUUGUCCACCACGACUUGCUGGGCAGCAAGAUCCUCGGCACGCCGUGGACGCGGCCCAUCUGGAAGAAUUUCCUGCGCGUCAGCGACGUGACCUGGCUCAAGGACCACACGCUGGGCGACAGCAUCAUCUUCCCGGCUGCCGGCUACAUGGCCAUGGCCAUCGAGGCCAUGUACCAGAAGAGCAAGGCGCUGGGGGCCAUUGCCGACGACGCCACCGUCGUCGACCAGACGUAUAAGCUGCGCAACGUCGCGUUCCCGCGCAUGUUGACGCUCAACGAGCAUGCCGGCACCAAGCUCGUGCUCUCGCUGGAGCCGUGCUCGAGCACCAAGGAGACGUGGCACGAGUUCACCAUCUCGUCCAUCCCCAAGGACGGAAACGGCGCGCUCGAGGAGCACUGCACGGGGUUGGUGUCUGUUGGCCAUGACGUCGGCCACGUCGCGACGGCCGACGACGUGAGUCCCUUGAAGUUUGGCGUCCCAGGAUCCGUGUGGUACAAGGCCAUGAGGGACGUGGGCUACUUCUUCGGUCCGGCCUUUCAGCCCUGCGAGUCCAUCGAGGCCAAGGCCGAUGCGCGAAACUGCAGAGCCGUCAUCAAGCUUGAGACGCCGUCGUCGCGGUAUCCCCAGAGCAAAUACGCCAUGCACCCGACUGCCAUUGAUGGCUGCCUCCAGAUUGCCACGGUGGCUCUCAACCGCGGCCAUCGCUCGGCUCUGGACACCAUGAUGCCACCUCGUCUGAUUGACAACCUCGUCAUCUUCCCGCAACCAGACCAUGUUGAACGCGGCAUCGUCGCCUCCGAGGCCAUGUGGAGUGGCGUUGGCCGCCCCGACGACAACAAACGCUUCUACAGCGACAUUCGCACCUAUGCCCAGGGUUCGAACGAAGCUCUUUUCCACCUGCAGGGACUCAGAUACCACUCCAUUGGCGCGAGCGCGGAUGCGCCUCACGUCUUUACUCAAGUCCAGUGGGCAGAGGAUGCCGGCUUCCUCACGCCCGAGCAACUCUCGGCUGUCAUGGCCUCGGACGAGGCUCCGCCGAUGGCUGCCGUUGCCAAGGCCGUGUCCAUCAUGGCUCAUAAGAAGCCCACGAGCAAGAUUCUCGAAGUCGUGUAUCGGGACGGAGAGGCCGCUGUGCAUAGUAUGUGGCUGGACGGCCUCCGCCAGCUCUCGGGUCCCAUUGCCGAGGGCUGCGCGUAUGCUUUGUCGGCGCCGGCUCACACGACGUCUCUUGCGCUGAGGGAGAAGUACUCGACUGAAGCGAAUGUUACGCACGUGGUACAUGAGUCAGACUGCAUUACUGCCGGCGUUGAUGGUGAUGAUGAAGAUGACAAGAUUGACGUUGUGAUAUUGAGAGCCCCCGCCAUCACUCCUGAUCUUAUCAAAGCCGUUGAAGGAGCUCGACAAGCGAUAGCCGAUGGUGGAUACCUGAUUGUUGUUAAAGACGGCGUCACAGAUGUAAAAACUGACCAGGCGAAUGAAGUGGUGGAGGCAUCAGUCCCCGGAUUCAACGCCGUCAAGCUCUCUGGGAACUGCGUGUCGGACGUCAUCUUCUUUGGCAUCGCCAGCAACAGUGAAUCUCGGGUUCAAGACUCGGCUGACAAGACAGUCAACCUGGUGCGCUUUACAACCAGCAAUCAUUCUACUGCUGCUGCCCGGGGUGCCAUUGCCAAGCAAGGAUGGCAAAUUGUCGAGAAAGACCUCUCGCUAGGAGGAAUCGAGGACAAGAGCACCGUCAUCGUCUUGGAUGAAAUGUUUUCCCCCGUCUUGGCCGACUUGCAGGAUGAGCAAUUCGACGCGCUGCGAGGAUUACUUGAGCGCGAAUGCAAAAUCCUUUGGGUCACGAGAGGAUCGCAAAUGACUGUCCGCACGCCGGAGCUCGGUCUCAUGUUUGGCGCAUCUCGAUCACUCAAGGCCGAGUAUCCCCAAAGCGUAUUCGUCUGUCUGGAUGUCGAAGCCAACGACAGCCAUGCCAGCUUCGGCGCCAUAGACAGAGUCCUCAAGCACCUGGGCACGCUCACCGACGUGUCCAAGGUUGACAGCGAGUUUGUGGAGCGCCAGGGCGUCUUAUACAUCAGUCGUGUGAUUUCUGAUGCGGCCGUCAACAAAGUCGAGCAUGACAGUCAGCACGGCGCCGACAAGGUCAACGGCAUCAUCGGCGGCCAUGAAUCCACAAUUCGACUCAUUAGCGACAGGACCGGCACCCUGGAUACGCUCACGUACACUGAGAUUCCAGACGUGCCUGCCCUCAAGGACGACGAGGUUGAGAUUGAGGUGCGCGCCGCCGGCAUGAACUUCAAGGACCUGGCCAACGCCAUGGGCUUUGUGCCCGCCAACGAGCGCCUGUUUGGGCUUGAAUGUACCGGCGUUGUGACUGAAAUCGGAAAAGACGUGAGCACCGUCAAGCCCGGCGACAGAGUACUCAUGGUCCGUCGUGACGGCGGCUGCUUUGGCAACAAGGUCCGCAACCGCUGGCACGCCGUCUAUCUCCUGGAAGAUGACAUGUCCUUUGAAGAGGGAACGACGUUUGGCAUCGCCGUGCACACAGCCGUCUACGGCCUCGUGACAAUGGCCAACAUUCAAAAGGGGCACUCGGUGCUGAUCCAUUCCGCCUCGGGCGGCGUCGGGUUGGCGGCCAUUGAUCUCUGCAAGUACAUUGGCGCCGAGAUCUACGUGACGGUGGGCACAGAGGCUAAGCGGGAUUUCCUUGCCCAAAACUACGGCAUCCCCAGGGACCGCAUGUUUUCCUCUCGCUCCGUCUCGUUCGGCCCGGAGCUGAUGAGGGCCACGGGUGGACGUGGCGUCGACUUCUGCCUCAACUCCCUGACGGGGGACCUGCUGCAUGAAUCGUGGAGAUGCAUUGCGGAGAAUGGCAGUCUUAUCGAGAUUGGGAAGAAGGACAUGCUCGACCGCAAUAGCCUGUCCAUGGAGCCGUUUGACCGCAACUGUUCGUACCGCCCGCUAGAUCUCUCGCGUCCCAGCAUCACCGAUGAGACGACGCGCAAGACGGGCGAGUACAUUAUGGACCUGAUUGCCAAGAAGCACAUCAAGCCGCUCCAUAUCUGCAAAGUGUUCCCAUUCGAGCAGACCGCCGAGGCUUUCCGUUUCAUGCAGCGCGGCAAGCAGAUUGGCAAGGUGGUCAUCUCGUACGAAAAGGCGCGCACAACAGAAAUUGAAUACCGGCCAGCAGCGCCGCAGCUCCGCCUCCGUCCGGACGGGUCGUAUCUCAUCGCCGGUGGCUUCAAGGGGUUGUGCGGCAGCUUGGCCGUCUACCUGGCUCGCAGCGGCGCCAAGAACAUUGUCGUCAUCUCACGCAGCGGCUACGACGACGAAAAGUCGCAGAAGACGGUGUACGACUGCAACUCUCUAGGCUGCAGCGUGGACCUCGUCACGGGCGACAUUACCAAGCUCCAUGACGUCCGGCGAGCGUUUGCCUCGGCGUCCAAGCCCGUCGUCGGCGUGAUCCAAGGUGCCAUGGUGCUACGAGAUCGCAUGUUCACCACCAUGACACCAGACGAGUUCCGCGAGCCCAUCUCGCCCAAGGUCGACGGAACAUGGAACCUGCACAAGGCGUCGUUGGAGCAGCCCACGCCCCUCGACUUCUUCACCAUGCUGUCCAGUGUGAGCGGACUCCUGGGCCAGCUGGGACAGUCCAACUACGCGGCGGCAAACUGCUUCCUCGACUCCUUUGCGGCAUAUCGUAUCCAGCAGGGGCUUCCCGCCAACGCCAUCAACCUCGGCCCCGUCGAGGAGGUGGGAUACCUCAAGGACAAGGACAUGCUCAGCCGCAUCUUCGAGUCGCGCGGGUGGAAGCCCAUCAAUGAAGCGCUCCUGCACCGCAUCAUCCGCUCCAGCAUCCUCCUGCAGACCAACAAGAUCAACCCGGCGCAGGCUGGGCAGCUCAUCACGGCCAUCACGCCCGGCAACCCUCCGUUCGAGGCCCUUCACCGCUUCAGCUCGCUGCGCCCGGCUGCGGGCACUCUGGCGGGCUCUGGCGGCACCGCGUCUUCCGCAUCGAGCAAGCUGGCCAUCCUCAAGAGCGCCGGCAAGGGAGACGUUGCACACGAGACCCUCCUCGCUGCCGCCACUGAGCUCUUGAACACGGUGCUGAUGCGUAGCUUGGGCAUUGACGAGUCCAUCGAGCCCAUGCGUUUGCUGGCCAACUAUGGCGUUGACUCGCUGGUUGCAGUUGAGCUGCGGAACUGGCUGCGCGCGGAAUUGAAUGUCGAAUUCAGCGCGCUGGAGAUUGUGGGAUCGCGCACGCUCACGACGCUGAGCGAGUCUAUACUGAAGAAGCUGGUGCACUAG